CUGUUUUCUUGUUGCUUGUGUGUGUGUGUGUGAGAGAGAGUGUGUGUAUGUUCUUAUGGACGCCAUGGACGAUGAGCUGAAAUGCCCGGUAUGCGGGUCCUUCUUCAAGGAGCCGAUCAUCCUGCCGUGCUCGCACAACGUGUGCCUGGCGUGCGCGCGGAACAUCACGGUGCAGACCCCGGACGGUGAGGCUCCACGGCCGAGCCGCGCGUCGGCCGGCUCGGACUACGACUACUACACGGACGCGGACAAGAUGAGCGAGACGGACAGCGGCUACGGCUCGUACACGCCGUGCGCCAAGUCUCCGAACGGCGUGCGCGUGUUCCCGCCGUCCUGCCCGCCGCCGCCGCCGGCGUCCUCCUCCUCUUCCUCCUCCGCCUCCUCCUCGGCGCAGCGCCACCGCUCCGUGACGUGCCCGCUGUGCCACCGCAGCGCGUCGCUGGACGAGCGCGGCCUCCGCGGCUUCCCGCGCAACCGCCUGCUCGAGGCCGUGGUGGCGCGGUGCCGCGCGAGCCCCGCCGCCAAGUGCCAGCUGUGCGACCGCAACCCGGCCGACGCCACGGUCAUGUGCGAGCAGUGCGACGUGCUGUACUGCGCGCCGUGCCAGCAGCGCUGCCAUCCCGCGCGCGGACCCCUGGCCAAGCACCGGCUCGUCUCGCCCUCGACCGGCGCCGCCGCCGCCGCCGCCGCGCGCACCCCCUCCGGCUCAGCCGGGGCCCAGGCCGCGCUAUCCGCCGUGUGCGCCGAGCAUGACGCGCAGAGCUACACCGCCUACUGCGUCACCUGCAAGAUCCCCGUCUGCUACCUGUGCAUGGAGGACAGCAAGCACGGCAAGCACGACGUGAAGCCCAUAGCGGCCAUGUGGAAGCAGCACAAGUGCCAGUUGUCUCAGGCGUUGAAUGGCGUGUCGGAUAAAGCGAAGGAUGCCAAGGAGUUCCUGGUGCAGCUGAAGAACCUUCUUCAACAGAUCCAGGAGAACGGCGUGGAGUUCGAAGCGUGUCUGGUGGCCCAGUGUGACGCCCUGAUCGAAGCACUCACGCGGCAGAAAGCAAAGCUGCUCACCAAGGUCACCAAGGAGAAAGAAAGCAAACUGAAGACGGUGAGAGACCAGAUCACACACUGCACUAUGAAGCUGAGACAGACGACCGGAAUGAUGGAGUUCUGUCUGGAGCUCAUCAAGGAGAACGACCCGAGCGGCUUCCUGCUGAUCUCGGAUGCGUUAAUCAAACGUGUCCAGCUCUCUCAGGAUCAGUGGGUUAAAGGCGCUCUGGAGCCGAAGGUUUGCCCCGAGUUCAACCUGAGCCUCAGCCCCGACCCUCUGCUGCAGGCCAUUCUACAGCUCGACCUUAUCCAGGGCCGGGAUCCUCACACUCAGGAGUCUCCGUUACUGAGACAAAAACCUGCAGGCGUCCAGAAAGAGACGCAAAGCGCAGGAGCUGAGAACCCCGGAGUCCCUCCUGCUCCUUUACUAGAGCUGGAAAAGUGCUGCCUGAGAAACAACAGCGCCACUCUGGCCUGGAGGUUAAUUACACCUCAGCCACUGCCCAUUGAGGGCUACAUCCUCGAGCUGGACGAUGGAAACGGUGGACAAUAUCGGGAGGUCUAUGUGGGGAAGGAGACGGUGUGCACGGUGGAUGGUCUCCACUUUAACAGCUCCUACAAUGCUCGGGUCAAAGCCUACAACACGGCCGGAGUCGGGGCUUACAGCAAGACCGUGGUAUUAAGGACAUCUGAUGUUGCUUGGUUUACGUUCGACCCUACCUCAGCGCACAGAGACAUCCUUCUGACCAACGAGAACCAGACGGUGAGCUGCAACAGCUACGACGAUCGUGUGGUGCUCGGAACGGCUGCUUUCUCCAAAGGGGUUCAUUACUGGGAGCUCAACAUCGAUCGCUAUGAUAACCACCCGGACCCCGCGUUCGGAGUGGCGCGCGUUAACGCGGCGAGGGAUGCUAUGCUGGGAAAAGAUGAUAAAGCCUGGGCCAUGUAUGUGGACAACAACCGUUCGUGGUUCAUGCAUAACAACUCACACACCAACAGGGCUGAGGGUGGAAUAACCAAAGGGUCAACUGUUGGUGUUCUCCUGGAUCUGACGAAACAUACUCUCACGUUUUUCAUCAACAAGGAACAGCAUGGCCCUGUGGCCUUCGAGAACAUGGAGGGUGUGUUUAUGCCUGCGGUCAGCCUCAACCGCAACGUACAGGUGACCCUAAUCACAGGCUUAGAAGUACCAAAGAACAUCAAAUAAUGACCUCUGACCUGUGGGAACGAGGUGCAUCUGGGUUGUACCUCUGGCUUGUUUUUUUCUUCACGAGGCAAGCUGCUGCUUGACGCCAUUUGAUUGGAAAUCAAAAGGACUCGUUAAAAAUUUAUCUUACAUACUGUAUGUUUUUUCCCCCGCAUUCUUAAUGGAAUCUCAGUGUGUACAAUCAAAACUCGGUGUGCUUACAGUAAACUCACCUCAUACGGCGUUCCGUACAGGAGCAGCAAGCUGUGAAAGAAAGUUAUGUCUGUUUAUCCAAACUGUAUACCCAUUGUGUUCUUUGAAAUCUCAGCUUUACCUCGUUGUAAAUGUUUAGCCGAUGUAGAUGCUGGUGAAAUUCUGCUUGAUGAGCUUUCAUUGGGGUCGGAUCAACUAAUCAGCCAAGUGACCAGCUUGCUAAGAACAGUGUGAUGUCUUUAAUGCUUCAGUUGGUUAGCAUAAUGAAUCUAUGGAAGCUGUGUGAAAUUGGCCAUACAGCAAGGCAAGCUACUAAACAAUGCUGGGAUCUUUAUCUAGCCAGCACAUUAGUAAAGUGGUAUCUAUUUGAUGCACCAUUAUAUUACAUAAUGUAACGUCCAAGGUCAUUAACAUCUUCAGUAUGUACUGAAGAUUUGCAAUCUAUAGUCCUUAAAUGGACUGAUUAUUUAUUCUAUACUUUUCUUGCUAUUAAGAUGAUUUGAAACAAUGGUUUUAGCAGAUAUUGAUCUAGAAAACCUUGGCAGUUCCAACUAGAUCAAGACUAUGAUUUACAGUUGCUCUCACCUCCAGAUUUUGAUUACUUGGUCCAAUUAAGGAAACCUUUAGGGUUUUAAUGUAGAGCCACAAAACAGAGGGUUUUAGAAACCUACAAGGUUCCACAUAAUGGAAUAAUGGUGGACAUUGAUUGUUACGGACUAGGUUAAAAGGUUACGUUUAGGACUCCAAAGCAUUCUUUGGUUUGUCCCACUGGGGAAACCCUUGGCUACAUGAAAACUUAACCACAAGCUUAACCACAAAACAUGAGUGUUUUAAUAAGCUACAUCCCAUAUUCAUCCAAAGAACCUGCACAGAACCAUUUGUGGAUCAGGCAUGAUCAAUUUAUCUUGCUCUUUCGUCCAAUGUUCUGUACAUUCAGAACCAGCGCCAACGUUUCGGGUCUGUAGACCUAAAUUGGAGUAAGAAUUGUUUAUUUUGUCAUCAGGAUGACUCUUAAACCAUUUACUAAAUGUUCUUCAGGGAAAAACACACCACUGAUCAAGACCAAUGAUACUUGGUCUUCAGGCUUUCUAAAAAACUUACUUUUUCCAUCAAGAACAAUGAUACCUGCCAGUACCCAUUGUUUACAAUUUUAGAGAAAAAAAAAUGGUUACACCUGUAGAGGUCUAAAACGUUCUUUGGUUUGUUUCCACUAAGGGUAAUGCUUUAAAACGACAGAGGGAUUUGUAUCUCAUAACCACCCAAAAACUCUAUUUGAACUAGACAUGGCUCUCUUUAGUGGUACCAUUGAACCGAUCAACCAUGCGAUUAUAACCGUUAACAUUAAAAGCACCUAGGUUUUAAGUUCCCCUUGUGCAGCACAAACGGUUAGCGGUGGAUCCUUUGGGUGCUGGGGGUUCUGUGUUGGGGCUUCCGUGGAUCAGACCUGUUUGAUCCACAGAAGCUUUAGAUGAGAAUGGGAUGAGACUGGGAUCCGGAGAGUUUGAAGGCCAGUUCGGAGGUCUUGAGCUUUGCCUGCUGAGCCUAAUGUGUAGCAGCUGUUGUGUACUGAGUGUUCUGGUGCCUCUCGCUCAUGGCAAGUGUUGACUUUUUUCAGCAAUUUGUGCUACAUUGGCUUUUCUAUGGGAUUAGACUGGUAGUACUUAUAAUAUUAUGGCUAAUCAGUGUAUUCUUCAGCACUUAAACAACAUGUCUUAGUUGCUUUUGCUUAGAACUCCAGAAAAAGCUUACAUCUGGCAAUCUAUAUAUUCUUUGGAUUAUUCCAAAUGUAUAAGUUUUACAGAUUCUGCUUGCCAUAAGAGGGUUAACGUUUAACUUAACCAUUCAAAAUAAAACUUCUAAAAGUAGGUGACACAUGACCCCUUCUUCCUCCAAGGCUUUCUAAAAGGUCCCAGUUUGGUAGUAAAGUUUGAACAAACUGGUAGAACCAACCAGUGUUGGUAACCUUCAACAGUAGUCUUAGACGGCUACAAGGGAACAACACUUUACACUAAUCUCAGGUUUAAAUACUCAGCUGUUUGGUGCUCCGGACUCAGAUUGAACUUUUAACACUGCCAUAGUUAGCAAACCGUUAGUAGGCUGAAUCUGUGUCUGGAACACAGGACCUUAUAAGACCGUCUUUGUUGCGGGUCUCUUAAAAUUCUCUGGAAAUGAAUGAUCUGAAAAAGUGUCAAACGUGUAAUAUAGGGAAUAUAGGAAUAUCAUUUGCUGCUCGUAGUUAGACAACAUAUUUCAUCCUUCAGGAUUUGACACUGAACCCUUUCACACUGUGAUAUAUACGCAAAAAUGUGAAUAACAUUCCAGAGUCAUUUCUCAAAUAUCUUUUACUAUGUUUGUCUAUUUAAUACCCUGUCCUCAUUCAUUUAUUUUUUCUCCAAGCUGUAUAGUUGAACAGAAUCGUGUGGGGGAAGCGUGUUUUAUUUUGCAUGGUACACUGCUGUUAAUGAUGGAGCCGGUAACGACUUGAGCAUGAGGUUUAUAAACCUAUCUUAUACUCUUCUUGUAUAUAGUGUGAAAGUGUGAUGAGACGCAAAGCCGAAGUGUGAAAGCUACAAGGUGUGCUUUGAUUCUUUUUUUUUUUUUUUUUGGACCAACUGCUUAAGCCUUAAGCAAAAAAAAAAAAAAAAAAAAGCACAAAAGUGUCAUAGAAACAUACCAAACUUUUUACAGUUGAAGUCCAAAUAAAUAGCGCAAUUGAAAUGAAUAAUUCAGAUUUAUAAAUUGUUACAGCAAAAAUUACCACAGACUUUUUAGACACAGCUAAUUUUUGUAAGUAGUCGUAAGGUUCUCCGGGCCCGUCAGCACGUUUGAUGUGUAAGCGACUCGGCAGAGGUGUACAGUAAAUGUUUACCGAGUUCUUGUCUCGCUCUGGAUCGAAUCAUCAGUGCCAAUGUCCUCAACGAUUUCAAGACAUCAUCAGACGGUUUCAGAAGUGU